GUCGUUUCCCUCCCGCUUCACGCCGCCCAGGCACCCGCAACCCACAACGAAGCACGCCUUCGUCCUCUUUUUGCGGCAGCAAUCCGCCUCGUGCUGUGCUCAGGUGGCCCCUCGACCCUCUUCGUGGAUCUCCUGAUAUCUCUCGUCCAGCGGCCAUGGCCGCCAACAUACCCCAGAUGGUCGCGAACGGCCAGAUGUUGAUGCUGCAACAGCAGCAGCAGCAGCAGCAACAGCAACAACAACAACAGCAGCAGCAGCAGCAGUCCUCGCGGGACAAGCAACUUCAAAAUCUAGUCUCCACCCACCUGAUGCAGAGUAUGAGCUUGGCGCCCAUCAACUCGUGGCAGUCUGGCGUCAGUAUCGGAGAUCGUUUUGCAAAGACCAUCAAUCUGGUAUCAAAUACGCUCUUGGCCUACCCAAGUCCCGAUUGGCAAAAGUUCGCCUUGACCGCAAUUGAACACGAGAAGAAGCUAUUCUUGCAGUCACCGGAUCGGCAAUCCUAUGAUCACGCCAUGGCGCAGAAGACCGCAGAGAUGGUCAAACGGCGACAAGAAAACGCCACGGAGCUUCAGAACCAUGUCAACAACGAUGCGGCAAGGCAAGCCCAACUGCAGGCAGCCCAGCAGCGACAGCAGCAGAUGAUGCUGAAUCAGAUGGCCGCGAGGGGUCUGGGUCAACCGCCCCAGCACGGAUUCCAGCCGAUGCAAAACCCCAUGCAGGUUCCUGUCAUGCCUCAGCAGCCCCAGCAGUUGGGCAUGGGGAUGCCCACACCGGGCAUGCUCCAGAACAGACCGGAUCAGCGCCAGUUUCCCAUGCAGAUGGGACAAGCGCGCCAGCCAGGAGUACCUCAGGUCGAUCCGCUCGGGCAGCUAUCUCAGCAGGACAGGGCCAGAGUUAAUGCGGUGGCGAUGAGGCUCAUGGGUAACACAGACGAGCAUACAAAAAAUAACAUCCGACAACAGAUGCAGCAGAGGAUGACAGCCGCUCAACUACAGGAGUACGCCGCCCAAGGCAAGGAUCCCGUCUUCAUUUAUUUCCAGAACCAGGCCCUCAUGCACCUUCGGGCUCAGGCACAGAGGAACUUGAUGCAGCAGCGAGCAGGCAUGCCAGCCAACAUGAUGCGGCAAGCGCCGAACCAGGGCCCUAUGAACCCUGCUCUCAUGGGGAAUCUGGCUCGGCAAGCGGUCAUGCCCGAUGGCCAGGCCUUCCCCCCAAACAUGGAGGAUAUCCGUAAUGAGCAGCAGAUGGGCCUCCUCGCGCAGCAAGCCGGACAGACGGUAGUCCCCGCGAGCACCGCUCCCGGGCGGAAUGCGACACCGGCAGCGAUGACCGGCAUGCCGCCGCAGGCUAGGCCGGGCAACCAACAGGGCCCGAACCAGACGCCGCGGCCUACGCAGGUCCAGCCCUUCGGGAUGCCUGAUGCUACGGCUGCUCAAGUCCAGGCCCAGCAGGGUGUUCGGGCGGUCCCCGGCCGACCCAUGCCGGGCCAACCAGGAGCCAUGGCAGCCCCGACGGCCCCUCCACAGGCUUCUCAGAGCCCGGCAAUGAACACCCUCAACGCCCCGAUGCGACAGCCACCAAUACCCAUGGGCCAAGGCAACGGCCACCCUGUGAGCCAGGGUAACCCGCCAAUGGCAGCUACCCUAAACCCGCAAUUUAACCACCAGAACAACACGAGACCACCGUCGCUGCAGGGGAACAUGACCAACACUGCCAUGGCGGGAAUGGUCCCGAACCUCGGCCCCGACGGCGCCAUGAGGAACUUUUAUGCUCAGCUGCAACAGGAUCGAUCUGGAACUAGCGCCUUCCAAGGGCCUAAGCCAGGCUUGAUGCCCGGGAUCCCAGGGCCAUCUCCGGCCGGUCCGAUGGGCGGCCCAAAUCAAGCCGGUGUCGUCGAUGCCAGCCAGAAGGCCAAUGGCCACAUGCAGCCGACGACGCAGCCCGGGCUUGGGCAGCAGCAGCCCAAACCCGUGCCUAGCGAGGCUGACCAGCGAUUCAAUGCAUUCGCCCAGUCCCCGCAAGGGCGGGCGGCCAUGAGCAACAUGGAUGUGCCUCCCCAGAUUCUAGCGCAGCUCCGAGGGAUAGUACCCCCCGAAACGCGGAAAUGGUCCCAGCUCCGGCAGUUCCUCCAGGCCAAUCCGGGUGUCGUUCCUGCUCCACUGAUCAACCGUCUCGGCUACUGGCAGACGGUGCAGUUUAAGCAAGCGUGGGAAAAACGGCAGCAAGCCGCAGCCGCGGUGGCUCCUCAGGGUCCGAACGGGCCUCUUCCUCAGCAACCGGGCUUCCAACCGCCGCCGCUCCCCCCGGGAAUGUCAUAUCCGCCCAACAUCUCGCAGGUAUCUCGUCAAGAGAUUGAAGGUGUCCGGAGGAACCCGCAGUUCGCCAAUAUGUCGGAUGAGGUUUUGAUCGAGGUCGUGAGGAAGUACAAGCGUGACCUUUGGGCAAAGAGGGCCUGGGAACAGCAUAGGCAAUCCCAGCAAGCAAGGGUUAAUAUCAACCUUGCCGGAGGGGUCCAAAAGCCGGGUGCGCUGAUGGCUCAGGCUCCGGCCGGCCAGCAGGGCGCCGUUUCCGCGGCGCCGCAACCGACCACAUCAAUGGGAGUCCAGCAACAGACCACUCAGCCUCCUCAACCGAAGCCUGCGGCUGCCCCGGUGUCAGAGGCUCCUGCCGCCCCUGCUAAGGGCGCACGUCAACAACCCCUUAACCCGUCGCCUGCCACGGUGGCCAAGAGCCUGAAGCGGCCGAACCCGGAGGAUCCCAAUGAUGUGGCCGGCCAACCAGGUGGUGCCGCGCAGAGACCUGCUCCCCAAUCGGAAACCCGACCUCCUUCGGCCGCUUCAAAGCCAACCGUGGAGCAGCUCAUGAAGCUUUCUCCGGAACAACUCGCGAAGAUACCCCAAGAGCAGUUGGCAAGACUGCCGCCAGAUCAACAAAAAGCAAUUGCGAUGCGGAUUCGGCAGGCCAUGCCGCCCGUCCCACCUGAACUCUACGCCCGACUCAAAAACCUGGCUACUGAGGGGCAUCGGCUUGCUCUCGAUGAAGUAAGGCAGCAAGAAGCGCAGCCGCAGCAGGGUGCCAGGAUAACAAUGUCGUCCCCAAUGUUCGGCGAGACUCGCCUCAAACUUACCCAGAUUGCUGAAAAGAUCAAGUGGUUCCGUGGCCCUGUUAUCGGCAAGUGGUACUCGUACACCAAGGACGACUCGAGGGCAAGAAUGUUCUUCAAGAUCAGAUUCAAGGUAUCCCGGCAGUUUGUCGACGGCGAUCAGAUGUCGCAGCUGCCCGAGUCCUUGACGAUAACCAAGGACGAGCUAGAUCAAUACAUGAACAUGUUAGAGAGUAUGGUGCAAGACAUAGAGAUGCUCAAGAGAUCGGCAGGCCAAUCCGGGGCUGGUGCUGGAGUCCAAGUCCCACCUCAACCUUCUCCCUUGAGCGCUGCGAACCUGGAGAAACAGACCCAGGCCCUCAAGCAAGCACAGAACCGAACGGCAACCAAGGCAGCUCAACCGCCGGCGGCACCGACGACGUCGCAGCCACCGUUCCAGUUUGGUAUGCAAAAGUCGUCGCCCGCCGGAAAUCCGGAAUACCUGAGCGAGCAGCGAAUUACGCAAGCGAAUCUGGUCAUCCCACCGGCUCGCAAGAAAGCCAAGACCGGGGCGGGCCAGGCCUCGCCGCCCAUGGCCCAGCAGCAGACACCCAACGCGUCGUCACCGCAAGUCGGCACGCCGUCGCCCGCGGCUGCCAGGAAGCCAGAGCCGCCUAAGUUGAGGUGCCCGGAGCCUGGCUGCGAGAUAAAUUCAAUCGGGUUCCUGACGGAGGAAGCACUCAACACACACCGUCAGGAGGAGCAUGUCAAGCCGUUUGAGAACCCUCAUGGCUUCCUCCAGGAGCAGAUGGCUGCCGCACUUGGUUUGGAUGCCCAGGGCAAUCCGAAGGCGUCGCCAAAGCCUGGCGCUCAGAGCGUCUCGACUCCGGCGGCGACGCCCAUGAGCAUCAGCCGUUCCAAGCAGGGCCAGAAGCCGGCAGCGACCCCGAUGUCCCGGGCCGGGUCGAUGCAGCGGCAAGGCAGCGCGGCAGGCGCCAAGCCCGGCGAAAACGCUGGCACUCCGGGCCGGAACUUGGCCGCGAAACAAGGGGCCGGAACCCCACAGAUCCCUACUGCCGAGGAUCCGUGGAUGAGCUCGACGGUCGACCCGCAAGACCUGUUUUCCGGCCUCAGCAGCUCACUCGAGGCGGUCACGGGGACCUUGGUGCCGGACUUUGGCACGUACCGGUCGCUUACGCCUAACGAUACUCCCGAGUCGAGCAAGGACAGCGGAACGUCGGAAGCGACCAGCGACAUUGCUGAGACGGCGGCACUGGACAUCGACCUGCAGGUGCAGCCGCUCGACAACGACUUGCUUUAUGACAUGACCAACAUCAACAUGGAGAACUUUGGGUCGCCCAGUAUGGACAUGGAUAUGGACUUGUUCACGAACGAGUCGAUGAUGUUCCCACUGGACGAUCUGCAGAACGACUUCUCCAAGCCUUUCCGGGUAGAUCGGGAGCUUUACUCGACGGAGGUGUGAAACUGGUGCCGAGGGGAGCGGGGGGAAGGAUGCGAAGAGACGCAGCAGCAGCAGCAGCAGCAGCAGCAGCAGCAGCAGAUCGGGUAUUUGGAUACCUAGGACACAUAUAUCCUUGGAGCGGCAUUAUCGGGGAGGCAGCGAGAGGGACGAAUGUGGCGACACUCUGGGAGGGGGUGAGA